ACCGUAGAGGCACAGGCAAAAUGGCUCCGUGCAGGACCACGACAAAAUGGAGUAUGAGCGGUAUUGCGGCAGGAAGUAGUACCGGGCACGCAGACAUCUUAUCGGACUGGGUUAAAUGGUUUUUCACCAAGUGCCUACAGGUUGAGGACGAUACUCAGGCAGAUUACUUAACGACACCUACAGAUUGUGGUUACCAAGGAAGCUUUCUUUACAAAUCGCCCCCCCCCUGUUUACAUUGCAUGCAGUGUGUAACACAAAGGAAGGGGGGGCUUAAAAGACUUAAAGUUCUGGUUUCAGACGUAAGCCCAGAACGGAAUGUCUGUCCUUCAGGGUAUGCCGGCAACAGUGAAAUGGAGAACAUGUAUACUGUCACCUACGUAGCCUUAAUCUGCUGGCGGGCCGACGGUUGGACGGCGCGCACACUGCAGGGCAUUACCGGUAUAUGUGAAGAAUAUACGUAUCGGCAGCGUGAGGCCGGGGCGCAAGCACAGAAGAAAUGCACAAGGAUGUUUAAAAUUCUGGCCUCCAGCAGACUCAAAUUUUGCACAGAGCGACUCCGAACAACAACAAAAAACGAAAACUAUUUAUAUUUACUCUUCGAUCUAUGCAGCCAGGUGACUCUGCAGAAUCGUUAUUUUGCACAAGAGGCUAUGGACCAGAUAAAGCCCAGACCCAGGGCAGAAAUGUGACUCUGACCUCGCGUAUGUUUACAAGGUAUCCUCCACGGGUGCCAUAGACCAAGGACAUUGCACUUAUUUAUAUUUUACACAUCUUGGUAAUUUAUAAUAA